CUGGGUCAGGCAUAUGCGGGACCUCAGAUGCCCGUUCGCAAACAGUCACCGCGUCAGGUGCCGCCGGGUAUAAAAGGUGCCAGGAUGGUCGUCGAAGACGGGCUGAUCGAUUUGAUAAGUCUGCGCAGGGAAACAUACGGACUCGGCAUACUCCAGGUGGAAAAUAGAUUCCGACUCCAGUGUAGCGUCGUGAUGGAUGAUCUGAAGGUACUGCGGGAGGAAGUCUUAUAUGUCAUCCGGGGGGCGGAGUCACACCGGUGGCGCAAAUGGUUGCUAGGCGGCUUCAUGGCGGCCUUGAUUCCGGCAAUCAGAGCCAUAUGGCGCCGGCCGCGUGACGACAAGGGAUCAUCGAACGAUACUGAAUACGCAUAUCAGAAGAGCAAGUCCCUGGUCAAUCGAAUAUUGGACCUGCGUCACGGUUUUGGAAGACUGGCUUCCUUUACAUUCUUCGUUUUUGCCGCAGUGUACGUCUUCCAAAACGAAGUGACACUCAGAGUCGCGAAGACGGUAUCGAAGAGACUGAGGCGAUUGAGUGCGAAACUCGAAAGAGGUGAUUCAGAGAUCACAGAGGAAGAUUUGAGAUUAGUCAGAGGAUGGCGUUGGCGGGUUUUGGCCUAGUGAUGAGUUUUUUUGAAGGUUAUCGGGGAACAGCAUAAAUAAGAAUGAUUCUUCUCCUGG